UCAUUCAAAAUCGUACAUAUGUACAUAUAUAUGCAAAAAAGCACAAACGAGCCAUACACAAUAACAUUGCAAGAAGAAUCUGGAAUUUGUACGAAUCGACUGGAAGAUAUAAGUUCUAUCAAUUAUACAUUAACACAAAAUUGAUUCCAGGAAAAGUUGAUUUAACGGUUAUUAUAAGUGAGGACGCGUAAGAUGGCCAAUACGAAAUUAGAUGAGCUAACAAAGGAUCUCGACGAGUUGAAGCAGUUUUCCGAAAAGUCGUUGCGAAAAAGAAUUCAAGGCAUACUGGGUGUGGAAAUUCGUAAAAUAGAAACUGAAAUCAUUCAGAUCCGUGACCAAAUCGCUGCGACAUCGAGUACUGCUGCCGGUGCACCAGUGCAGCAAAAACCAGCACCAAGUCAAACAAAACGAUACGAAGUCGAAUUGACCAACUACGGCUGGGAUCAAAGUGAUAAAUUUAUCAAGCUGUUUGUUACGUUGGAUGGUGUGCAUUCGGCCAGCGAGGAUGACGUGUUGGCUAUAUUCAAUCCGUCCUCAAUUGUGCUGCAGAUAAAAGGUGUGAACAACAAGGACUUCAAAUUGAAUAUAAACAAUCUGCUUGAGUCGAUCGAUGUGGAAAAGAGCUACCGCAAAAUAAAAACGAACAUGGUUACCGUCUAUGCGAAAAAGGUGAAAGAAGGUUCGAAAUGGUCUCAUCUCACGCUCACCGAACAACGGUUGAAAACGGCUAAAGACAAUAUGCUCAAAGAUUCGGCUGACGAUGGUGAACUGGACUCGAAAGAUCCGAGUGCUGGUUUAAUGAAUAUCAUGAAGAAGAUGUACCAGUCUGGCGAUGCUGAAACGAAGCGCAUGAUUUCGAAGGCUUGGACUGAGGGUGCCGAAAAGAAAGCUGAAAUGGGGAUGUAAAUUGCUGGACAUUUCUGAAUACGGAUAAUCGAUUGCUUUGCAUGUGUAAAUUGGAGAUCAAUAAAGUCAUUCCCUUAUCGAAAGA